AUCCAUCAUGACUGCCAUCCGACUACGAGAAUUUCUGGAGCAUCGCCGAGUGAUUCCACCCAGUAUAUUUAUUGCUCAUCAAGGAAAGGACGUCCAAGGCUAUUACCCUGGGCAACUGGCAAGGUGCCAUUUUGACUGCAGUGAGAAGAAGGCUCCCAGAUCACCCAUAGACUUGGCCAUUCCUCCCAAGAGAACUCCAUGUCAUCCUCAGUUAGAUCAACAAACGCUCAUUCAAUGUAUUUGUUUUCGAAGACAUUCAAGGCCUGUCGAACCAUGGUACAAAGAAACUACUUACCAAAGAGACUACUCUCUGCCUUUUUACAGGAUCGAUUACAACCAGAAGUUAGCCACGGUUUCAUCAAAUCCUAGACCACUCAAUUCAUUGCCAGAGUUCAAGGAUGGUGAAGAGAGAAGAAGCUUUGGAAGGAAUGCUUUUUAAGUAAACCAAUCAUGGU